AUGCACUUCUUCAGUGGCGGCGGCGGAGGUUUCCCAUUCGAAGAUUUUUUUAGUCAACAAGGCCCUCAAGAACCAGAAGAAGAGGUUGACAACACUCGCUUUUACACUUUACUUGGAGUCGACAAGUCAAUAUCCUGCGCUGAUGUCAAAAAAGCAUUUAGACAAUUAGCCAAAACCAAGCAUCCUGAUAAAGGCGGAGAUCCUAACUCCCCCCCCCCUCCGUGAGCGAACAAAACCAUUAGAAAAAUCGCCAUUUUUUGACCAAAAACCCACCCUCCGUGAGUGAACAAAAUUUUUUUAAUAGAAAAAAUUUUAAUGGAAAAAAAUUUUGAUAUAUAAGUGAUAAUUAGUAUAAUGAAAUCUAGAGCUAAUUCUGUUUAAUUUUAAACAAAUUGCGUUUUAAAACAUAAAUUUUGCAAAUUAAAUUAAUAUUUGCUUCCCAAUUUUUGCAAAUUAGGAUUUUUUUAAAUUUCGAAAAAAAUAUUUUUUAUAAAAUUUAUAUAUAAAUUUUUUUAAAAAAAAAAAUUAACCCCCCUCCGUGAGCGAACAAAAUUUUUUUGUUCGCUCACGGAGGGGGGGGGGAGUAAGGAAUUUCAAGAAAUCACCCACGCUGCUGAAAUCCUUUCAGACCCAGAAAAAAGAAAAGUUUAUGAUAGAUAUGGCGAGAAAGGCAUCAAUCAAGGGAUGACUGGCGGUGACACUGAAGCCACAAGCAUAUUCGAUUUAUUGUCAGGAAGAGGCGGAAGAAGAAGAGAACAAAGCGGCCCACAGCGAGGAGAGGACGCGACGCAUACUUUGAAAGCCAGCUUGGAAGAGAUUUAUAAUGGCGCCGUCAAAAAAAUCGCAAUUAACAGAGACCGAGUCUGCCAGGCCUGCAACGGAGAAGGAGGGACUAACGCAAAAACUUGUAGUGGAUGCAAAGGCAGAGGAAUGGUCAUUAUCAUUAGUUACUUAUAAACGCUUAUUUUCAAUACGGGCUACUUCCUCCAGAAUUUUAUCCUUCCUUGUAGUAAGGGCUCACUGGGCUGGCCUGCUUUGAUUACAGCUGCACGCUUGGUGACGAUGCCAUAGGCUUUGACGACUCGUAAUGAGCUACUUUCUUCACCGUAAGUGAGUUGCCUGCACAGAAAAUUCAAAAUUGGAUUUUUUGGUUAAAUCUCGGCAAAAAGGAAAAACAUGAAGCUUAGUUGCUCGAUUGGCCUAGACAAUGCCUAUAGAUUCUACUGAGUUUACCAUUUCCAACUCAAUGCUUCCCUUCUACACGAGUUAAAAUCCAACUCUGAAAGUAGACUAAGGCUAAGUUCCAAACACUAUUGGAUUGCUUACCUAGCAUUGCUGUCCAUCCUUGGGCUUGCAAAACCUUGCUGAUACAAUUAAAUAUUUUGCUUAAGGCUGCAUGGCCGUAGUCCAUGCCUGAGCUCAGGCCAUAUUUAAUUAUGGCAUAGGAAUGGUCAACAAACUCCAAAUGAUUGGCCCUAAUAUGUAUACCCAAUCAGUUGGUGCAUGUGACGACUGCAACGGCACAGGCAAAACAUAUGAUGCCAAAAACCGCUGCAAGGAAUGUAAAGGUAAAAGGAUUUUCCAAGAGCGCAAAGUCAUUGAAGUUACUAUUGACAAAGGUAUCCCGAACCACCACAAAUACUCAUUUAUGGGAGAAAGUGAUGAGAAACCUGGAGUCUUGCCUGGUGAUCUUAUAGUAAUUAUUGAAGAAAAGCAUCAUGAAAUAUUCAAGCGCAAGCAUGCCGACUUGAUUUUGCUGAAGAAAAUCACAAUAAAAGAAGCCCUGACUGGCUAUAAAUUCAAAGUAGCCCAUCUGGAUGGGACAGAAAAGAUCAUUGAAUCUACUCCAGGAGACAUUAUAAAGCCAGGUGACGUCAGAACAGUAAGGGAUCUUGGCAUGCCCAUAAUGAGGACUCCUUUUAAAUUCGGAAACUUAUUUGUAACUUUUGAGGUCGAAUUUCCCCCACCGAAAUCGUUAAACGCUCGACAAAUUGAGGAGCUGAAAAAUUUGAUACCUGGAGAGUCUAUGGAAAUUGACAGCGCAGGUGCUGAAAAACAUAUGACGAUUGAGUUUGAUAAGUCGCAUCAGACAGAAAAUAAUACCAAGAUUCAUUCAGACUAUAAAGAUGAAGAAGAAGAUGAUUUAAAUGAUCCAAGAUUUGAAGGAGCCAGAAGAGUUAAUUGUUCUGGGGUUAUAUUUUAG